CUCGAUCAUUCCUCCUUCAGCAAUUCCCUUUUCCUUCUGAACAGCUCACAGUGAUCGUUGAUGAUUGACACUAACUGUUAGAGACAAAGCACCUUAUCAAUUAUCUGUGAUUGAACCAAAAUCUCAUUAAAGCUCGACAUGUCUUCGAACGCACCACAUUUUGUGCUGCCUGUCCCUCCACAAGGCGGUGGAGCCAACACAUCAGCCCAGCAGGGACAGUUUGUCUGCACAGAACCUGCUCCUCGAGUGUAUCUGCUCUCAUUUUCGAGUCCACCAGACAAUCGACUGACGCCGGAGUUUAACCAAACAUUCCUCCUGGCGCUCGACAUCAUCGAGCAUCGGUUGCCCAAGGGUGUGGUUGUCACAACAUCAUCGAUUGCCAAGUUCUAUUCCAACGGAUUGGAUUUUGAAAAUGCAAUUCGAGAUCCUACCUUCUUCCCAAGAAGUCUGUUUCCACUGUGGCGACGACUAAUUACAUACCCGAUGCCUACGGUGGCGCUGAUGAAUGGACACGCGUUCGCAGGAGGUCUAAUGACGGCCAUGUUUCAGGACUACCGAAUCAUGAACCCUCACAAGGGGUUUGUCUGCCUGAACGAAUUGGACUUUGGUGCCGCGCUGCAGCCUGCAAUGGCGACAGUCUUCCGCAUCAAGCUGAGCAUGUCAACCUUUAGCAACAUGGUGCUCGAAAGCCGGAGAUAUCCAGCCCUCGAGGCGCUCAAAGAGGGCAUAAUCGACGGGGUGGGUGGUAUUGACGAGACACUGGCGUUCAUUAAAGAGUACAAACUGGUGGAAAAGGCUCAGAGCGUGUCAUAUGGACCGCUCAAAGAGGAGCUGUAUCGCGAAGUCAUCCAAGACAUUGACCAGGCCGCCGACCGUCCCAGAAAGUUUGCAGCUCAAGAGCAAGACCGGGAGCGCAGAUUCCUCGAGUCACGAAAACGAGUGGAUGAUUAUUCCGUCUCGAUAGGUGGUCCACGGUCCAAGUUGUAAUUGUCACUGUCACUGUCGCUGUCACUGGGGCUUCUGCACAGAGCUUGGUUCACGUGGUGUUGGUGCGUUGGCACCGAUCCAUACGGUCAAAUAGGGAGGGAUAUACCUGCUUCUGCGACGUAUUCGGUCUUCCUCGCUGAGAACAGCGCAAAUUGGACACGGAGAUAGGGCGCCAUUGUGAGGUGAUAGCAUCUACACUGUCCAAUACCCGUGUGGCUUAAAAGGCAAGGACUGUUCUGGUGGUGCCUGGAAUCCACAACGGAACAGGGUCUGAACAUUCGCUUGCUAUCGUAUUCGGAAACAUGGUCGAUUGUGUGACGUGCUUGAUGUUGGGUCAUCACAUGCCACUGACGUCUUUCAU